AUGGCAUCUUUCUCACUUUUCUUUACUUUAUCUCUCUUGCUAGGACAGUCAUGCUGUGAGACAGAUACGCUACUGCAAGGGAAGUACUUGAAAGAUGGGCAAGAGCUCGUUUCAUCUUUCAAUAUCUUCAGGCUCAAGUUUUUCAACCUCAAGAAUUCAAGAAACUGGUAUCUAGGAAUUUGGUACAUUAUCCUUCUUCCUGAUACUACUAUGUUCAUAAAUGGCAUCUUUCUCACUUUUCUUACUCUAUCUCUCUUGUUAGGACAGUCAUGCUGUGAAACAGAUACGCUACUGCAGGGGCACUACUUGAAAGAUGGGCAAGAGCUCGUUUCAUCUUUCAAUAUCUUCGAGCUCAAGUUUUUCAACUUCGAGAACUCAAGAAACCGGUAUCUUGGGAUUUUCUACAACAACUUGUAUCUUGGCGAGUUCCAAGACAGGGCUGUCUGGAUUGCUAACCGUAACAACCCUAUUCCGGGAGGCCCUGGAAGCCUCACAGUGGACUCCCUCGGCAGAUUGAAGGUUUUAAGAGGAGCAUCAAGCUUGCUUGUGCUAAGCUCUACGGAAACCACAGGAAACACGACCCUCAAGCUGUUGGAUUCCGGAAAUCUUCAGCUCCAGGAGAUGGAUCCUGGUGGAUCGGUGAGGCGGGUUCUGUGGCAAAGCUUUGAUUAUCCAACGGAUACUCUUCUUCCUGGGAUGAAACUCGGUUUCAAUGUCAAGACCGGGAAGAGAUGGGAGCUGACGUCACGGCUAGGUGAUACUUUACCUGCUUCUGGAUCUUUUGUCUUUGGGAUGGAUGAUAAUACUACAAACAUGUUGACCAUCUUGUGGCGUGGAGACAUGUAUUGGGAAAGUGGGCUCUGGUUCAAGGAUCGGUUUUCAUUGUGGGAAUUCAGCAAGUACGAAUCUGCCUUCUUCACUUUUAAUUCAACCGAGAGUGAACACUACUUUACGUUUUCAGUUGAUCUCCACUAUUCUGAUAUAGUAUUUCCCACGGUAAUGAUAGAUAAUCAGGGCAUUUUGCAUAUAGUUAGCCUUGAUAGAGAGCAAGCCUUUGUCCGUUGUUCUCCUUUCACUUUGCGUGGCGAUGUUAAUUCCAGGGAAUAUUUGCAAGCUGGUUGCAUAGUCCCGGAUAGGGCAUAUAGCUGUUCAGUUCAGCUGAUUGCUAGGCUAUAUGUAUGCAAAACUGUUCUUGUCUUUCCUAUGCUUCGACCAAUGUGGAUGGUACUGGCUGCGAGAUCUGGGAUACUGAUCCUACCAACAAUAGCUCGUCUUCUUAUAGUCCCAGAACCAUUGAUUGGUUGCAUACGGAGGAGGCUACAAACACUGAGGGCUGGUUCAACAAUAGACCGUGAAAUGUUACUGCGUGAAUUGGGAAUUGAUAGGAGAGGCCGGCACAGGAGAAGUGCAAGGAAGAAUAAUAAUGAACUUCAGAUUUAUAGCUUUGAAAGUGUAGCCUUGGCAACAGAUUACUUCUCUGAUGCAAACAAGCUCGGUGAAGGAGGGGAGGUUAAUAGAUGGGGAAGAAGUGGCUAUCAAGAGACUAUCAAUAGCAUCGGGGCAAGGAUUAGUGGAGUUCAAGAACGAGGCCAUGCUUAUUGCAAAACUCAACACACAAAUCUUGUGCAGUUGCUAGGAUGCUGCAUUGACAAGGAUGAGAAGAUGUUGAUUUACGAAUACAUGCCUAACAAGAGCCUUGAUUACUUCCUCUUUGAUCCAUUGAGGAAAAAUGUUCUAGAUUGGAGGAUGCGGUUUAGGAUCAUGGAAGGGAUAAUCCAAGGGCUAUUGUACCUUCACAAGUACUCGAGAUUGAAAGUGAUACACAGAGACAUCAAAGCUAGCAACAUUUUGCUGGACGAGGAUAUGAAUCCCAAAAUAGCUGAUUUUGGGAUGGCUCGGAUAUUUGGAGCAGAAGAGUCCAAAGCCAACACCAAAAGAGUUGCUGGCACUUUUGGCUAUAUGUCUCCGGAGUACUUCAGAGAAGGGCUAUUCUCGGCUAAAUCAGAUGUGUUCAGCUUCGGGGUUCUAAUGCUCGAAAUCGUUUGUGGAAGGAAGAACAACAGCUUCCACCAUGACUCAGAAGGACCUCUCAACCUCAUUGUUCAUGCGUGGAAUCUUUUCAAAGAGAACCGAAUCCGCGAGGUGAUAGAUCCGUCUCUGGGAGAUUCUGCACUUGAGAACCCUCAAGUGUUGAGAUGCGUUCAAGUUGCUCUCUUGUGUGUACAAGAGAACGCAGAGGAUAGACCAAGUAUGUUAGAUGUUGUGUCUAUGAUAUACGGCGACGGCAAUAAUGCUCUUUCUUUGCCUAAAGAGCCAGCUUUCUAUGAUGGUCCACGGAGAAGCUUGCCGGAUAUGGAGGUUGAGUCACCGGAGCCGGAAAAUGUAUCUGCUAAUAGGAUGACUAUCUCAGUGCUGGAAGCAAGAUGA